CAGUUUGGCGGACGGUCGUGAGAAUGGUGCGUUCUUUGAAAAGACAAAGGAAAAUAAUAGUUUCUAAGUAUAAAGCAGAUGAUGUCUUCUGAAUUUACAAAAGUGGAGGUGGAAUAUAUUGACGAAGACAAGACUAUUAAGGAGGGCAGCGGCAGCCAGUCGCCCCUGGCAUUACUGGCUGCAACCUGUAGUAGGCUCGGUGCUGCCAAUAUGGGGCCCGAACAAACUAAAGAUGAGCCACAGGAACAACACUUCAGUCCACAACAACAGCAGGCGGCACAGCAACAACAGGCACAACAACAAGCGCAGCAGCAGGCACAACAACAAGCACAGCAACAAGCGCAACAACAAGCCCAACAACAAGCCCAACAACAAGCGCAACAGCAAGCGCAACAACAAGCCCAACAACAAGCACAGCAGCAGGCACAACAACAACAAGUUCAACAGGCACAACUUAUACAACAACAGGUGCAAGGUGACGCUGCAACAAUAGCAGCGAUACAACAACAGUAUUUACAACAACAACAACAACAGCAGCCGCAGCUUAGAGUUAUAAGCUCGGCGGUUGUUCAACAGUUGAGAGCACAGGGACUCUCUGGCAAUGAGUUAUCAGCGGCAAUAGUAAAUGCAGCUAAUUCAGUCCCUAAUGGAGGGAUACAAGUGCAACCACAGGUGAUAUCAAUGCAGCAACUGCAGUCGCUGCUGGGCGGCGGCGUGGUGUCGGACGGCUACCAGAGUUCACCGCAACAGUUGUUGCAAAUACACCCGCAGUUGUUGCAGGGCGCGGGCGGCGGCGUGUACGGCGGCUGCGUGGUGGGCGGCGUGGCGCCCAUGCAGGCCGUCACCGUGGACGGCCAGGACGCGCUCUUCAUACCCGCGCAGCACGCGCAGAAUUUCUCUGGCAUGGGGCAAGUGAGCCUGGUCAACGGCCAACUGGUGAGGACGCCGGUGCUGCCCGCGGGCUUCUUGCAGAACGUCAUGCAUCUGCCCACUGAGCAACAGGCGACAGUCACGAUCCCCGGCACUAACCUAACGAUACCAUUAAGCGCUUUGACCGGGAAUCAGAUGAUCACGAUACCCGGCUCGAAUAUCACCAUACCGGGGAUUCAGAUACCGUGUAGUACGGCGGUGCCCGGAGUGGCGUCCGUGCCAAGCGUGGCCGCCGCCGCCGCGGACAAGGCCGCCAAGGACAAGCCCGCCAGCCCCGCAGAACAAGGUCAAGGGGUGGCGGUUCGCGGCGGCAUGGUGCCCGUGCAGGUCCCCGUGAGCGUGGCCAACGGGCACACCGUGUACCAGACUGUACACCUGCCGAUGCACUCGCAGCAUCUGCAGAUCAUACCCCAGUUGCAGCAGAUGCAAACGCAGCCCCAAGUGGCCAACGUGUUGACGCCGUCCGGACAAAUACAACAGAUACAAAUAGCUUCGCUGGCCAACGUGCAGCAAAACGGCGGCGCGCAGGCAGCAGCCAGUGGAGCCAACACACCUGCCACCAUCACGUUACAGGCUGUGUCCGCUCCCAUGACGGCGGAGGUUCAGCCGCAGCAGAUCAUGAGCACCGCCUCACCGGUCACAGUCAUGUCGCAGCCGAGGCCUGCUAAUGUUGUUCAGGUGCCAACACUGGGUGUAGGCGGAGUGGGUGGUGCAGUUCAACUGGUCCCAGCACUAGGACUGCCCGGUGUCCAACUUGCACAAAUAGCAGCGCAUCAACCUCAAGCCCAACAGACCGCGCAGCCUGUUAUAGGCCAGCAGAUCCAGCAGGACCCGCACGAGCCGGGCAAGUGGCACGUGGUGGCGAUGGGCGCCAGCAGCACGGGCAGCCCCGGCGAGAACAACUCGGGCGGCGAGUGCGAGGCCAAGCGCGCCGCCAGCCCGGGCAAGCGGCUCAUGAAGCGGGUCGCCUGCACGUGCCCCAACUGCGACCAGGGCGAGAAUAGGUUGGUCGACCGGAAGAAGCAGCAUCUGUGCCACAUUCCAGGCUGCAACAAAGUCUAUGGGAAGACAUCUCACUUGAGGGCACAUCUCCGCUGGCACUCUGGCGAAAGACCUUUCUUGUGCAAUUGGCUCUUCUGCGGCAAGAGGUUUACACGUUCUGACGAGUUGCAACGACACAGACGAACACACACCGGCGAGAAGAGAUUCGAAUGUCCCGAGUGUAGCAAGAGAUUUAUGCGGUCCGACCAUCUGGCCAAGCAUGUUCGGAUACACGCUAAAAACAGACUUGCGAAUAGAGAUGUUACUACUCAUCAAAUGUACUCUGAUUCCGGCGACGAUAGUUGCGAUGAGAAAAUGACAUUAACUAUCGAAACGAUUCAUACGGGCGGCGAGGAAGACAAGAUGGUCGUCAUGAGGCCCGGCGUCAAGAUGGAGCCCGAGCAUGUGGACAGCUAGGACCAGGACAGCGACCAACAGUCGCUGUAAUAACUCGGUAGAUGGCGCUCUACGGAAUUACGUACAGCCCUAUAAUGCGUUGUGUUUGCAUUAUAAUGUAUGCGCUUGGUUCCACUCGACCAAGGACUUAGUUUGCUGCACUAACUUUAUAGAUGCCUUGCCUUCACUUGAAUAAGGACUCUGCAACCAAUAGUCGUUGCACUAAGUCGAUAGAUGGCGCUCAACGGAAUUACAUAGGAGUACAGUCCUAUAAUUUGUUUUGUACAUGUUUGCGCUUGCCUUCGCUCGACCAAGAACUCGCUCGCAAGAUUGGGCUCAUCGGAAUUACACACAGACUUAAUACGCUGUAUACAUGUUGCUGCUUAACUCCACUUGACCAAGAACUCAAGGAAGAGAGGCAAAUUAUACCAGACAUUGGUUGUUUGAGCAUCGCUGUAAGGAAAUGCAAUAAUUGUGCGUUCGGAUUUUGAUGUGACCAACUUUUAUAACUUAAAAUUGUUACGACGACGUGUCGCAGUGAAGAAAAUUGUAUGAGAUUAGAAAAUGGACGCCCGUGUUUAAGGUGAAAGUGUAAAAUAUGUACAGUGAUAAAAGUAAAAAGCGGUUGUUACCUCUUUUAAACAUUAAGUUCAUUUAUGCUCUUUAUGGCCAGGAUUAUUUUUGGAGUACAAAGUACAGCUUAGCAUAUUUAUUUAGUUUUUGUACUUUAGUCACCUACUACGACAUAGGAAGAGAUGCGUCUUAUUGUACCCGCAAUAGUUUGUAUUUUGUUAAGCUUUUAUUAUGCUUGCAAGCCACAGUAUAUUUAAUAAAGUCCAAUAUUUUUACAUUGUUGCUAGUAUAAGUAUCUUUUUUACGGUUCCGCACCUAAGCCUCACCUGUCUGUCUGUCGAUCUGUCUGUCUGUCGAUCUGUCUGUCACCAGGCUGUAUCUCAUAAACCGUGAUCUAGCUAUCAACAACAACAAACAAUCAGAACACAGACAUAUUAUUUAGAUUCAUGAUGAAGUUAUUUUUAUUACAUCAGUAUAUUUUGGUUGCUCUUUUUAUUUACACCCAUUAUAAUGAACACCCUAAUGGGCACUAGUAAAUUGAAGUGUAAGCCUAGAUCGUCUAAAAAUUAUGUUAUUAACAAAUUAUAAAAAGUGAAAAAGUGUCUUGAUCUGUGAUCUAAAUUAUGUAAAAAUGCACUUAAUGUAAAUACUGUCUUAUCUGUAACGGAAUACUUUAACUUUCUUGACCUAAAAGUUUACAUAUUUACCGUUUCUAUUUAAUUUUUGAUCACACAAAUUAAAUAUUUUAAACUGAAUGAUAAAAACUGUUAUGAAAGUUUAAAAUUAUUUGUAAUUUGUUCUAUAUUCGGACUAAAAACUUUAUUAGUAAUUGUCAUAAGUUGUAUUAAGGUUAAUAAUUAUUUUCUUCUUGUAAUUUUGUAAAUUGUACAUAUUUAUGUUUUGAGUUGUCUCCAAAACUAAGGGAAUAGACAAUAAGUGUUGCCGAUCGAUAUGACACUAUCGAUAGUUGAGUAAAAACAUUAGAUCGACAGGACACGCAAAGCUCUAAAUCGAAUGCAUAAUCGAUAGGCAACGCUAUACAUAAUUGUCAAAAGAGAAGCUCGUUUUUUAUUACAAAGCAAUAGUGCAGUUAGGCUGGAGA